ACCGUCCAAUGGGACAAAGAGUGGAGGAAAAAAGUCAGGCAGUCACUGCGCGCGGAGCAACACGUUUCCACUGGACGUGAAAGUUUUCACCGUGGAGUUCGUGUUCCGGACGAUUUCAGUCAUAGCAAAUUAUGUGUUAUUCUAAAUCUUAACUUUGUGCAGACAUUCGCCAGAGAGACGUUUUAGCUCAAGUUGAGGCGCUUGAACCUUGACAAUGGAGACUAGUGGGAGCUCGGCUACCUUCUUGACACUGCUGCUGUCCUCCUGCCUGGUCUCAGUGUCUGCUCAGUACCAAGGAGAUCAUGGGAUAGCCGUGCCCGAUCACGGAUUCUGUCAGCCGAUCACUAUUCCGCUUUGCACAGACAUUGCCUACAACCAAACCAUCAUGCCAAACCUGGUCGGUCACUACAACCAAGAUGACGCUGGCUUAGAGGUCCACCAGUUUUAUCCGCUUGUCAAGGUACAGUGUUCUCCAGAGCUCAAGUUUUUCCUCUGUUCCAUGUAUGCGCCUGUCUGCACCGUUUUGGAAAAAGCCAUUCCUCCUUGUCGGUCUAUAUGUGAAAGAGCUAAGCACGGCUGUGAGGCGCUCAUGAACAAGUUCGGGUUUCAGUGGCCGGAGCGCCUGAGGUGUGAGAACUUCCCCGUGUUGGGAGACGGUCAAAUAUGUGUUGGGCAGAAUGAAUCGGCGGCCACCGUGGCACCCGCACACGUGCCCGCAGCAGGCACUCCUGGGGUCCAUUUAUAUUCCACGCCAGAUAGGCCGUUCCGUUGCCCGCCAACCCUCAAGGUCCCGUCCUACCUUAACUACAAGUUCCUCGGGGAGAUAGACUGCGGCGCUCCGUGCGAGUCAUCCAGGACUCAUGGAGCCUACAUGUUCUUCACCGACCAGGAGAUUGAAUUUGCUCGUGUUUGGAUUCUAGUUUGGUCAUGCCUGUGCUGUGCAUCCACACUGUUUACUGUGACUACAUAUCUAGUGGACAUGCAGCGUUUUAAGUACCCCGAGCGCCCCAUCAUUUUCCUGUCCGGCUGCUACACCAUGGUGUCCAUCGCAUACAUUACUGGCUAUUUCCUGGGAGACAAAGUGGCAUGCAACGGGAGCUUCGAAGGCAGCUAUAAAACAAUAGUCCAAGGCACGAAAAGGGAGGGCUGCACCAUCCUCUUCAUGAUGCUGUAUUUCUUCAGCAUGGCAUCCUCCAUAUGGUGGGUUGUUCUGUCCUUGACCUGGUUCCUUGCUGCAGGGAUGAAGUGGGGACAUGAGGCCAUUGAGGCCAACUCGCAGUACUUCCACUUGGCGGCUUGGGCUGUGCCGGCGGUGAAAACCAUCAGCAUCCUGGCCAUGGGGCAGAUCGAUGGCGAUGUUCUGAGUGGUGUUUGCUUCGUAGGCUUGAGCAACGUUGACCCUCUGCGUGGCUUCGUCCUGGCUCCAUUGUUCAUCUACCUCUUCAUCGGCACGUCCUUCCUGCUGGCAGGUUUCGUCUCCCUGUUCCGCAUCCGUACCAUCAUGAAGCAUGACGGAACCAAGACGGAAAAGCUGGAGCGUCUUAUGGUGCGCAUCGGCAUCUUCUCUGUGCUCUACACGGUGCCGGCCACCAUCGUCAUUGCUUGCUUCUUCUACGAGCAGGCCUUCCGUGGGCACUGGGAACGCAGCUGGAUCAGCACACACUGCAAGACCUUGGCUAUCCCGUGUCCCAUGCAGCCCACGCCACGCAUGAGCCCCGACUUCACUGUCUACAUGAUCAAAUACCUCAUGACCCUCAUCGUGGGCAUCACCUCUGGCUUCUGGAUCUGGUCUGGGAAAACGCUGCACUCGUGGAGGAAGUUCUACACGCGCCUGACCAGCGGACAACACGGCGAGACCACGGUGUAGAGAAAAGGAUUCCAGACCCUUCUACAUACACACGCAAGGACACAGCAAGGAAAUGUUACUUUCUUGUUUUUUUUGGAGACAUUAAUGACUGAAUGCCUUUUUUACUCACAAAGACUGAUUGUGAAACUCGUAUGUCUGUGCUUAUCAUCAGUAUUGGUCAUUAGUGACAUUUGCUGUUGAAUAUCGUAUGUCGUUUAUAAGACAUUUGGGGAAUGAGGAGAUUAGAAGUGUUGUUUUUUUAUUGCUGUUGUUUUGUCUUGUUAUUUUGUGCUGCAAAUGGACAAACUAAAUGAAAAGCCAAAUGAGAACUUUCCCAAGGAUUGCCCAAAAGGAAAAAAACAAACGUGGCCAUUUCCGUGCCACGUGCCGAGACACUCCCUCACUCGUCCUCGCCUCUCUUUACACUCCUUGCUCUUUCUUCUCAACUCCUAGAGUAAGAUCAAGAUGCCAGCUGGGAAUCCGGCAAGUGGUAGACGAAGGGAGGUGAGCCGUGGUGAAGGAGGAGGAGCAGGAGGAGGAGAACACCUUUUGGACGUGGAAUUCUUUCUCGCAGUAAACUGUGUUUAAGAUGUGCCUUAAAGCACUGUAAAUAAUAUUUGUACAAAAUAUAUAUAUGAAUAUAAUUAUAUAUUUGUAUUUAAA